GUGCCGUUGAAAUAGUCUAGCAUUGCGAGUACUGACAAGUCUGAUGGCAGCUCCAGAAUAUGCUUGUUCCUGGGUUGUGGCAACUUCACACCUGGUCAAUAUCAGCUUACAAGUGGGGGUCGGCAUCCACUAUGAACAAGAUGGAAUGCCUACCUCGUAAAUUCAUCCUGCCCCCCAGAGACUCGCGUUCUCAACAUCCCCUUGCAAGCAAAUGACCAAAUGAACGCUGUAUCCAACCCCCAGGUGAGUUGUUCUGCAUUAUUUGACUCUGCUUUGCCGUCUAUUUCGUCACCUACUUGCCACGAUCGAUUGUCUAACUGUCUAACUGUCGUAACGAACUCUUUUACAGGAAGAUGUUCACAUAAAAGGACUAAUCGGUGAUAUCACCAGGCGUCCCCCGUUCAUCAACAGAAUUAGUAACUGCAGUAGGUUAAGAACCAACGUAGUAUGGUAGUGAACGCAACGCAGUCGCCAAUAGGGCGAACCGACGACGCAGCGUA